GAACUCGUAAAGUCAACCUACUCCAUGAUUCCUGUUUAGUAUUCAUACAUCCGUUCAACCUUUUCUCACUGUGUGUGCUAAAACUAGAACCCAGAGUUACGAUGAUGUCAGCAGAUCAGUCCUGGAUCCUCUCUAGCUAUUACAGGGACCUGGAGGCGGCGGAGAGAAACGCCGGUGGCGGAGGAAACCAGGAAACCUUCUUCCUUCCCGGAUACAACCCUGGGGCGGAGUUUCAGGGAUACAGAGGAACAUCCGCCGAAGAUUCCUACGCCGCCAAUCCUCAGCAAAAUCCUUCACAGCAGCAGCAGAGCAGAUCUAGUGAGCAGCAGACAACCAGGUCUAGUGAACUCAGGUUUAGUGAGUUUGGAGGACGGGAACUAGGUUCUAGUGAGUUCAGAGGACGGGAGAUAGGAUUCGAGGAAAGGGCAAACGGAUCAGAGUUUGGUGGCUCUUCGGAGUUUGGUGGCCAGGACAUUACUUCAAAUCAGUUUGGUGCAAGAGAUAUCGGCUCACCGGGAACACAGGAGGAAACGGCCGGACGAUUCUUACACCACAAUAUUAUUUCGGCCGGAACCAGAUCGAGAGAGGACGGAAAACGCACGCAGCAACCUGAACAGCGCGCGCAGACAACUAAACGACAAACCGACGCGGAGCUUGCAGCAGAGUGUCAACGAAUCGUGGAUCGACUGUACGCGUCACUGAACCAAUAGUUUUUUAUAUAAAGUCAACAAUAUUGUGAAAAUGAUAAAUACAUUAGAAAAUAAAAAAUAUUAGAAAAUAAACCUGUUAUUUCCUCCGCCAUUGGA